CCUGUACUAUGUCCCAGUCUCUGGUCAUCUCCUGUAGUAUGUCUGGCAGUCUCUGGUCAUCUCCUGUAGUAUGUCCGCAGUCUCUGGUCAUCUCCUGUAGUAUGUCUGCAGUCUCUGGUCAUCUCCUGUAGUGUGUCUGCAGUCUCUGGUCAUCUCCUGUAUGUGUCUGCAGUCUCUGGUCAUCUCCUGUAGUGUGUCUGCAGUCUCUGGUCAUCUCCUGUAGUGUGUCCGCAGUCUCUGGUCAUCUCCUGUAGUAUGUCUGCAGUCUCUGGUCAUCUCCUGUAGUGUGUCUGCAGUCUCUGGUCAUCUCCUGUAGUAUGUUCGCAGUCUCUGGUCAUCUCCUGUACUGUGUCUGCAGUCUCUGGUCAUCUCCUGUAGUAUGUCUGCAGUCUCUGGUCAUCACCUGUACUGUGUUCGCAGUCUCUGGUCAUCUCCUGUACUAUGUCCUGUCUCUGGUCAUCUCCUGUACUACGUCCGCAGUCUUUGGUCAUCUCCUGUACUAUGUCUGCAGUCUCUGGUCAUCUCCU